AUGCUAGGCAGUUUUAGUCCGCCUAACUGCGCGACUAGAGCUGCCGCAUCGGAGCGCUACGAGCUCGCGCUGAUCAUUUUACUCGGUGCGCUGAGGGGGGAGGAGAAGGCUAUGGUACUGCACAGGUAUAUACAGGAUGGUGGGCCAGGUGCCGGUGCUAUCCCUGUUGCCCUGGCCGCGAUUGCAGCCCUCAAAUGGGCCUCGAUGAAGACUGGUGGGCCACGGACCGGGGUAUUUAGCGAGCAGAAGAAGCGAUUUCAUCAAGGUAGGGUAACAGCAAUAAGAAUACCUGCUAUCACACCGGAUCCCUGUUCGGCAUCCACUGGUUCUCGUCGUCCCCCCGUUGAACCCUCUGUGCGGCGGGAAGGCAUUGAUUUGGUGCGCGUGUUACCAUGCCGGAUAUUCUUUGUGUAGUCCCUUGUGUCACCCCUACUGCAGGUUGGUUCCGGGAUGGGAUGGGGGAUGAAGACCGGUGGCAUGCUAUGUGA